GCGCACUGGCUUCGCCGCGCGGCGCAGUAGCCAUGGAACAGGCACCUCACGACCCUGAGCGGCAGCUGCAGCCCGCGCCCCUUGAGCCUCUGGGCCGCUGCGAUGCUGGGCUGGAGGCCGCGGGCGGUGAGGAAGCAGAGGGGGCCCGGGACGCGGGAUCUGCAGUCGACACGAUGACAGAAAAUAACUUUUGGUUGAAGAAGAUAGAAAUCAGUGUUUCAGAAGCAGAAAAGCGAACUGGAAGAAACGCCAUGAACAUGCAGGAAACGUACACGGCUUACCUCGUUGAGACAAGGUCUGUUGAACAUGCGGAUGGUCAAAGUGUCCUAACAGACUCACUGUGGCGGCGAUACAGUGAAUUUGAGUUGCUGAGAAACUACCUUUUAGUUUACUAUCCACAUAUUGUUGUGCCACCUCUGCCAGAAAAACGGGCAGAAUUUGUUUGGCAUAAACUCUCUGCUGACAACAUGGAUCCAGAUUUCGUGGAGAGACGACGGAUUGGGUUAGAAAACUUUCUAUUGAGGAUUGCCUCGCAUCCCAUCCUGUGUAGAGAUAAAAUCUUCUAUUUGUUUUUAACACAGGAAGGAAACUGGAAGGAGACUGUAAAUGAAACUGGGUUUCAACUAAAGGCAGACUCCAGGUUAAAAGCGCUUAAUGCAACAUUCAGAGUGAAAAACCCAGACAAGAGAUUUACUGAACUAAAACACUACAGUGAUGAACUGCAGUCUGUCAUCUCCCAUCUUCUUCGAGUCAGAGCUAGAGUUGCAGAUCGACUCUAUGGUGUAUAUAAAGUGCAUGGGAAUUAUGGGCGAGUUUUCAGUGAGUGGAGUGCCAUAGAAAAAGAAAUGGGUGAUGGACUGCAGAGUGCUGGUCACCAUAUGGACGUGUAUGCAUCUUCUAUUGAUGAUAUUUUGGAAGAUGAAGAACAUUAUGCAGAUCAGUUAAAGGAGUAUCUUUUUUAUGCAGAAGCACUGCGGGCUGUAUGCAGGAAACAUGAACUUAUGCAGUAUGAUUUGGAAACGGCUGCUCAGGACUUAGCAUCCAAGAAGCAGCAGUGUGAGGAACUGGCAACUGGGACUGUGAGAACAUUCUCUUUGAAAGGAAUGACUACCAAGCUUUUCGGUCAAGAAGCUCCAGAGCAGAGAGAGGCCAGAAUAAAGGUGCUAGAAGAACAAAUAAACGAAGGAGAACAACAACUAAAGUCUAAAAAUCUGGAAGGCAGAGAAUUUGUGAAAAAUGCAUGGGCUGAUAUUGAACGCUUCAAAGAACAAAAGAACCGUGAUUUAAAGGAGGCCCUCAUAAGCUAUGCAGUCAUGCAGAUCAGUAUGUGCAAAAAGGGCAUUCAAGUUUGGACCAAUGCUAAAGAAUGCUUUAGCAAGAUGUAAUCCUGUGAAAUGAAUUUCUCUUCAAUCAAAGUGCCCCAAAACAGAAGCACAAGUAAAUAAAAGAAAUUCAAGUUGCUACCCACUAUAUAUACAAUAAGUUGGAUAAAUUUAGCUUUCUUUAACCUAAUUGUAGUUGUGUUAAUAUAGCACAAAAAGGAUGUAUUUUAAUGAAGAAUAAAUAUUAUAAUUUGAGGUUUUGGGGACUGGUGCUGAUUCCAAAAAAAUUAAUUUUUUAUUAAUAUAUGCCAACAGAUUUUUUUGUUAGGCUUCUGAACCAAUGACUGAAUCUCAAUAUGUUGGUUAAUUUCUAGAUGUUUGUUUCAGUGCCAACUGUUCCAGAUCUACUAAUGUAGAGAAUUUUUCCUUAAGAUUGAAUUUCUUUAUCUUCCUGAUAGAUACACUAAUCUGUUAUAGGGGCUUGUUUUCUCUUGCCUUAUAGUUGAGCUAUUUGGUUUGACAAAGCUCAGCAGAAACUUACAGUGAAAAAUCUAAGAUUUUCUUCCACAUUCAUUGAGGCCCCUUGUAACAUUUGCAUACACUAGAAAAUGCCUUCGAUUUGUGUUUUACCAGAAUUUUGAUACAGGUUAGAAAUUUUAUACUGCCAACCGAGAAGACUCAACUUCUCAGACAGCGGAAUGUAGUGGAAUACAUUGUUAUGAUCUAGUCAUGGCUAUAGAUAGAAGGUUUUAGCGGGCUGUGUUACGUGUAAGAAUUAAAUUCUUCUCAGAUAAUUCUUAACCUCAGUGAUGAGCCUAAAUUUACUCUGCUUGGCUCUCUACACAUGGCAUUUCAGGGUACAAGAUGUAGCAUUUCAGUGUAUAAGAUACAUGUAGUAAACAUAUGUGUUGGUAUCUUCAUCAACAUCCUUUUUUAUUGCUCGGCUGUAAUUCUUGUAAAGAUAAAUUAUAUUGUUUUUCUAUGUGUGUUUUUGUGGUAUAUGUUCAGAAGCCAGGCAUCCUCGUUUUGCUAGCUUGCAGAAUCUUAAAUGUGUACUCAUUAUUUCUAAUGAUGUUAAAAGAAAAACAAAAAAACCUCUGGUACUGUUUAGCAUUUGACUUUUAUACAUGUUUAAAAUGUUGCUGGAUUUGGGCGGCGCCUGUGGCUCAAGGAGUAGGGCACCGGUCCCAUAUGCCGGAGGUGGCGGGUUCAAACACAGCCCCGGCCAAAAACCACAAAAAAAAAAAAAAAAAAAAUGUUGCUGGAUUUUUGUGCUGUUUGCCAAACUUAUACAAUAAAUAUAUGAAGUAUUA